CACGCGAGCAAUAUAAACGAAGUGGGGCUCGCGAAGAUGCAACAGUGCGAGACGCGACGGGGCUGCUGGCCCGUCAAAACAAGCGCCGUUGGAGCACAUGGAUUGACUGCGAGGGCGAUCAGUUUCGAGGUCAUACUUCCCCGUGCUGUGACGUUUGACGUUUCGAUGCGCCGGUGAGAAAACGAGGAAGAGGAAAGAAAAUAAAGAAGAAAGAAGGCGAAAAGGAGCAACGCUACACCUUGCAACAGCGAUACUUAAUGGAGAGGAUUCAUCAAGAGCGGGAACGGAAGAGCGAUGAAGCUGUGUCAGUUCUUUCUUUGUGUCUUCCUUGCAGCAGAGCUUUCUCAACUUCCCUUUCGCCUUGAACUACCAUAGAGAGAUCACCUGCGUCAGCCGCUAUGGUCUUGCACUGUACAGCUCCAGGGGCCAUGCCGUGCGGAAUGAUGGCUGGCAGCAUGCACGUCUUGAGAGUGUGAAGUGGGGCCUUUAGUGCCCCAUGGCCGGACGAUCCCGGCUUGGGGCUUUCAUCAAGCUGGGGCCCCUCGCAAACCCGUCCCCUAGGGCUAGGGACCAUUACCACAUUGUUCUCAUGGGAGCUGAAGACGUUGGGAAGACAGCGUUGGUGGUCAGAUUCCUGACGCGCAAGUAUCUGCCGGAAUACUGUCACGGCACUGUGACCCACUACGAAAGAACCGUGGUGGCCAACGGAAAAGCCGUAGGAGUACGUCUUACAGAUACCUCCGGAAAGGAAUCGUUUACGUCGCUGAAGGCCAAAGGCUUGUUGGAAGGAGUUGACGGCUACAUCGUCGUCUACUCCAUCACGGACAAGCGGAGUUUCUUCAAGUCCCGGGAACUGCUCAAGCUUUUGCACGAGGACUUCGUGUCGGAGUCCAGGGUGCCCAUGGCAUUAAUUGGAAACAAAGACGACCUCGCUCACUUCAGGGCUAUCAGCACGAUGGAGGGUCAACGCGUGAGCCUGGCGUAUCCACGCUGUGUAUUCCACGAAGUAUCGGCAGCGAGGGAAGCAGACAACGUCCACGCAGCCGUGCAUGACUUCCUCAGAGAGGUGAUGCAGAGCAAAGAGCAGCGGCGGCACCUGUCGGCAUUCUCGGUGUUGUCCCUCCGGUCUGGAGGCAGCGCUGGAGGCUCUCGCCGUGGAAGUAUCGGAAACUCAGCUCUCGGGAGCUGGUGGAGGCGCUCACGAUGCUCAACUUCACAAGUUCAGAACAGACAGGAUAGGACAUUCACAAUGUGAUCAUCAAAAUCAUUCAUAUGUUUCAGCCAUGGCCACGAACUUCAGUCAAAGUGAUGUCAUAAGCAUUAUCAAACGUAUGACUGAUUCACGAUAACAGCAGGAGAUCAGUCAGAAACGUCUCUAUAGCUACCGAAGCGUGUCAUCGAUAAGACCGCUUGUUGCGCAGACCGUGAGAUCGAUGCUGUUUCUCCGUUUCAUCUUUUGAGCAUACUGGAUGGCAUCGCUCAGGAAAGCAAGCGUGGCGUGUAAAACCUAGUCUGCGUGAUGUUGACCGGCAACUCGGGUCACUACGGUCAUGAUGAUAACCCCCAUCAGCCGCGUCCAUGCUACAUAAGCACUUCUCCAAUUGGCAUAUUCUAAUAAGACGUGACCCCAAUAGCCUGGGAGAACUGCUGCCAUCCGGAGAAACAAUGUGAGAUCGUCGGUGCUCAACAAUAUGAAUGUACCUCAAGAAAUUUGUGUUAAUGUUCAUGUCAUCCUGUAUGGCACUCUUACUUACCAAGAAGAAGGCGUUGGUGUACACAGAGGUCACUACUGUGAAUGCCCAAUGACGUCCCAAGCAGGACCAGCGUCAGCAGACAGUCGCUUACUUGCUUACCCGCAUGGACUAGCAAAGAUUACCCUAUUGUGUUCGGCUGGAGAAUUGUGUGCCGAACUUCAUCUGAACUGCAACAACAUCAUGCCUGAAUACGGCUUCCGUAGGCUACUAAGAACGUGUUCAUUGAUAGUACCACAACCGACAGAGCCCCAUACCAUCAAUGCGGGCCGUACCGCGCGUACGUCAACGGCAAACUAAGUCGUGCAGGAAAACAUACUGUCGUUUCGUGUGACUCUAAAUGUCUCAUGUUCAGACGUAAGCUGUGGUUGUAGAGAAUAUCAGCUGGUGUGCCAUCCAAUUGCUUUCAACUGACGCUGUGAAAAUAUGUGACAUCUGCUAGCAUCAAGGUAUUCAGCAUUAUCUUCAUCAGAGUGCCUUACUCGUGAGGUCCACGGGUAAAACGGUGUUCCGUCUGAAAAUACAUGUGAUACAACAUCCCCCUCUGCAUAUCGCAUCUCCUGUACUGUACGAAACAGAUGCGUCUUCGUAAUAUGUGUAGUGCCAGGUGCUUUAGUGGUGCUGAAGUUCAUGUGUAAGAAGAACUGUAACCGCCUGUAACGUCCGAGAACAAGAACGUGCCAGUCGCGAGCUGCUGCAGGGUUUCCAUGUACUUGUUACUUCAAAAGUGUAGACAUUUGGCUUGUUGGUGCUUCAUCAGGAGAGCGCGAAGUCCUCAAAUGGACGUUUUUCAUGCUCGCGUCGUAUCCUAGCGGUUGUUCAGCAAAACACGAUCGGCGCACGCCAAAGCACAACCGGCUAGGGUGCCUCGAUACUUGCGCCCUCUUUGCAAAGAGGUCGCAAGUAGCACAAGUAUCGUAGAGCUGUAUCGAGGCACUCUACAGCCACAGCCAUAUUGGCGCCAUCUAUUGAAUAUGUAGGGAACCUUGUUCGGCGCCGUCAGGGUCACAGAGCAUGCGUAGAAGCCUUUUGAAAAAGGUCCAUUAGGCACGGACGGACAGAAAGGACCGGAGACAGGCGCGUUGGAAGAAGCGUCAGAUGGGAGCUCCUGUUUCCCGUCGUUUCUAUGCGUUCGUGUCUAUAGUCUGAGCGCGUCAUACUCUUCCUAUUGUUGCUUUAAAGCAGAAGACUACGCGGUAUACACAGCUUAUCAUGUGGUAUCCGGAUUUUGCUGUCGCUAUUCUCAAGAUCUAACGUGCUGACAUGGGGUGACGUUCUUUUCCUGGUCAGCCCCGUCCUCUUGACAGCUGACAGCUGACCAGCAAUACCGUGUAGGGGAGAUCGGGGUGAGUUAUCACAUUUUUUUGCUUCCGAUUUUUCUGUGGCGAAAGUACGUAUAUGUCUGGCUGUUGGAACCAGUGGUGGAAAUGAAUGGGAUCUCCUAGCUACAUGUCACGCAUAUUAAACGAGGGCUAGGUCAAUUCAUAGUUGACGUAAAACCACUCCGUGCGGAGGUUGUCAAGGGCGGCAAUAUGCCCUGGCAACGGAACAGACUGGGGCAAGUCUCCUCAUCUGCAUUCUCUCGUGGUGUUUAUUGUGGAUAUGUACAGAAUACAACGCCUACUGGCACUGUAUAUGAAAAGAAAACUCAACUAGAAGGAAAGACGCUCGCGUGUUGUGGUUGUGUAAAGCAGAGGACUGUCUUAGGUGUACAGUUUUCAUGGGCCCACUGCUAGCAUGCUGUGCACUGAACCCACAGUUCACCUGUCUCUCUCUUGCUGUAAGGUCUACAACACUGAUGACAAACCGGCGAGUCCGCACCCCAAUCAUUAUCAUCAAAAUGAAGUUGUUGUUAUUGUUGUUGUUGUUGAAGAGAAAACAAGUCUUCUCUCGCGUUCAUGAUGGCGAAUAGCAGCAAGAGGUCAAGGACAAAGGUAGAAGUAGACAGGACAACUGCAGACUCUCAACUGAGGUUUAAUCAAAGAAUACAGCAUCUUAAACGCAACGACUCAGUUGAGAGUGUGCAGUUGUCCUGUCUACUUCUACCUUUGUCCUUGUCCUCUUGCUGCUAUUCGCCAUCAUUAACCUAUACCAACUACCCCGGAUUGUUCCUAUUGUGCUUCUCUUGCGUCGCUGAACGCGCCUGUGGUGAUUUAAAAUCCUUACAUGAAGAAAUGAGCCUUGUGUUGUUGCUCGUGAUGCCUGCAGGCAGAGAGCGCUCUUGACUUCAAGGAGAUCAUAAACCGACAGUUUCUCUCUAGGGUGCCCUUUGAUCCAGCUUUCACUACAGAUGACUCAAAUAUUGUUUCAAAGAACAGUCUUGUAUAUGCAGCUUGUCAGACUAGUGAUGGGUGAACGACAACCCCCUGCGACCCAUUGCGUCGUCAACAGGUUUCGGUGAUAGGUCUGCAUUGCACAUGUAAGCUACAGACGAAAAUACUACACACUCUUUAUGUUGUAGUAAAAAAAAAAAAAGGACACUGACGCGGUUUCUUGUGGGCACCGCUUGUGUAUCACUCCCUCUGCAACACCAGAGGACGUCACAACUUACCGCACCAGACCUGGGGCAACCACGAGCUCGACAUGACCCACAGUGUCUUCGCCUCAGUGACCCUCAUUAUCCCGUGUAUUCGGACGAAAACCCGCGAGGUCAUUCUUAAAAUUACGGUCAUCUGCAAUCUUCGUAUACGUGUUCUGUACAGUACAAAAUUUGGACGAAUUAAACUUACUCGCUACUGGGACACAUUUUUUUGUGCUUCUCACUCGGAACCACGCUUUCCAUCACUGUAAAAGCCUGUUUAGUUAGUGGUAGCUCGUAGUGACAGGCAAGAAAACGGCCCAGCUGCUCUGCUUAGCGCUUUUUUUUUAAUAGGCAGUGUGACAACUGGCCCUGUUCUCUUCCAUAUAUAAUUGUUCAGUGACUUCUAGAGCAUCAUCGCAAGCAUUCAUUGUGGAUUAUUGAUGACCCACUGUCAGAAAUAGUAACGAAGCGUGUGAUUAAAAGCAUAUCACUCAACAAAUAAAAAGUCACAACUGUGUGCAUUCCA